CUAGAGGAAUCACUCAAAACACUGAUAAUGGUACUGACGAGAGCCUUGCUGACCUGUAAAAGUACAGUUAUUCGUUGAACGUUGAGCGAACCAGGUCUGCUCAGUGAAAUUAAGGAGUGAAACAAGUGCAAUUAUGGAACGUACGAAGCGAGAUUCGCAGAUGAUGUUGGAGCUGUUUUUGGGCGAUGAAGUAGAACUGUUCACUGAGAACAUAUUUGAGCAACGUACGCUCCUAGUGCGCCAACAACGAACUGUGCACUGUUUCCGGCUAGAAAAUGAAACCAAUCUGCCAUUUUGGAAGCUUUUAUGGUCUCGGGAGAACUUCCUGGACAUCGGGGCAGGACAAAGAUUGUUGAUCACCAAUUCCGGUUGGCUGUUAAUCCGAACUCGCAAUGGAAUGAAAUUCUACCGCUUGGAAGGGCAAGAUUUGACACCGAAACAUUAUACUACGGAUGCGCGGUACCGUUCGAUGUACGGAUGGGAUAAGCCGGGAACCGUGGUGCUGAUGGGACACUUCUAUGCCGAUCGGGAACGAAUUGGAGUGCUUAGCCGUAACAAACGUGGUGAAGUGCGGUUUGAGCAGAUGGUCGAAAGUGUGGUACUGGAUGGUGGCAUUCAACCACUAUGGGCAUUGAGUGAAUCACAUGUGACCGUUCCCGCCGCAUGGAAGCAGUCAACAACGCACCUACAAUUGGCGAAGCUUGAUAACAGCGGGCAGUUGGUUAUCGUAGAACGUGCCGCUCCAGGGCUGAUUAACGUACACAAGUUCAACGAAAACGUGAAACUUCAAACGAUCGCCCACUCGGAGGGAGUAACAUACAGCGGGCCAGAUAAGGAGAUCAUUGCAUUUGGCAAUAUCUUUAGUAACGGUGAUGGCAUGGAUUUAAUACAUCUGAGUUCUGCAGGGCUGUCGCUUUUCCAACGCACGGGAGCUUCCUUUCGAGCCGUGCUCCAAGACUAUCCGCUAGGUAACUCAAUGUCCGGUUGGGAGAUGAAACAUUGGCGCACAGCUGUUGUCAUGGACGUGGAUGGUGAUGGUAACGACGAACUUUGGAUAUCCGGUCCGCAGGGCAUCGUAGGGUUUCGAUUAUCGGAUGUUGGUGUUCAAAAUAUGGCCGAUGUCUUCGAAUACCCGGAUGAUGUACGGUAUGCGCGAAGGAUGGCUUUGCUUCUUGAUGGUUUAAACCCACCAAUAUUGCUGUCAGCCUCAGGAAGAUCACUCAACUCGUUUCGACUUCAAGCUUCAACUGCUAACCAAACGCAAAUCUCCGAACCUAGCAAGGAAGAAGUAAACACGGAUGAAAUGGAAUCUUCGGAAUUACUGUUUACCAUUAAACCUCACACCGGUCCGAAGGUGCAGCUUUCCCUAGCAGAACAGCUUGAUACGUCGUUGCUGGCUGAUCCGAUUAAUCCUUUUCUUGGGAAUCUCAACUUUGCGCUGCCUUUGCUUAAAGUUGGCGAACUUUUCAGCCUUCCAACGAUGAAGUAUGUCUUCUAUCAGGAAACGGAUAGUGACGGUCCGAUGGGGCGAGGUUGGUCCCUGCCGGCGGAUUGCGUAUUUAUCGAUCGUCGUAAUAGCAUCUUCUUCGAAGACCAUCGGUACUAUCUACUAAGGAGCGGUUCGGCGACGAUACUCACGCCAAGGGAAAGCAACGCGAUAAACUUUGAUCUAGCAGAUAGCCCUGAUACAAGUGUUACUUUCAAUCGCACAUUGAACCAAUGGGUGAUCGUAAAUGAGCAGAAGGACGUGUUCACCUACGGUACCCAUGGUACCAGUCAGUUUAUUAAGAUGGAUAUCGGAUCGGAGAAUUGGCCUUUUCCGUUGGAUGCAAAGAAGUAUAUCGACCAUAAGGAUACACAUAUCCCAUCCGUGUGGUAUCUAGUCCAUCACAGCGAUCGCAUGGGUGAUCAGUGGCUGCAGUACUCAUACAUCAAGGCAUCUGGUGAAGACGAUUUGCUACUAAGCACGAUAACUACGAGCAGUGGAGGAUUCCUUCAGCUAUCUUACACAGAGCUUUUUAGCAAAAAUAUGUUCACAAAUUUUCGUAUCACUACUCCUAACUACAACCAAUUCGUGGACUUGAGCUAUGUACAAACCGAUGACCAGAUACGGCUUCGUAGUAUUUCUCAGCUUGGUAAAGCCGUUAUGCAGUUCACAUACCGUGGUGUUGCAGGAGCCAUGAGUGAGUUUGUAUAUCCGAAUGGUCUUGUAGCUAGGUUCGAUUAUAACCCGUUACAGAUAAACCAAAACGUACUGAUGAACCGCUUCGAAACAUUCACCGACCCAAGGGCAGACUAUGGUCCCAGCUAUCUGCUGGUGUGUGAUAUUACGGAAUACAGUCAGGUUCGAGUUCGGUUGCGCGACCAUCUUGGAUCGGAUACUAUAGCGAUUGCCGGAUCGACCAUUCCAAUGCUCGGGAAGAGACCAGUGCUAAACUAUGAAGUAUUUACAGGGGAAAAGUUCUUUGCACUGCUGCUGCACCAUGGUGAGGAAUGGCAAUUGGAGUUGUGUCUAUUUCACAGUGAGGCAGAUGUUUGGCAUGGCAGUCCCACGUAUAUUAAACUCCCAAAAGGUACAGCCGUGCGCCAAGGACAGGACUUUUUGCUCGCUAUACAAUCUCACCGCGUGACGGUCAUCGAACGAACAAAUGGACAGUGGCGAGCGUUAAAACCCAUCGACCACAGCGAGCCCACAUUACUGUACUUUUUCUCACACGGUUUCCUCGCAUACGAUGAUCAAGUUCUCAAAAUCCACACGCGGCACUCCAAUGGAGCAUGGUUGCCUGAUGUUCUUACCGAACUUCCGGCAGGUCUCAUACAAAGCUCUUUGUCAGUGUUCGACCGGUUCGAUCAUCCAGCAGAAGUACGGGAUUAUUUGAAGCGUGGUAUGUUACCGGAUGCAUUGGGGAUGUACCACAAUGUGGUUGUGUUCCGCGCCCUCACACUCGAAGGUGCACGAAUGUACGCGGUGCUGUACCUCCUGCACCUAAACAACGAACACCACAUUGUACGACAAGAUGUGCGCCGCAUUCUCAUCGAAGACUUGGCUACGUAUACUUUCAAUCCACCGGAAAUGGAAGGAAAUACAUUUCACUUUGGAUACCAACUGGAAGAGGGCAAGUAUCGCUUGCAAGUGGUCAAGCAUACGGGCAAGAUCCUGGAGGAGGUCGAGAAGGUUAAGAAACAAGUUGAGCAGGAAAUUCGCGAUCAACCGCCGGCACCAGAAGAUGAAAAACAACGAUAUCGCCAAGAGAUUAAUGAUAAGCUGAAUUCCCAGUUGAAAGAGUUAUAUCAGAACAUCACCAGUCAAAUACCGUUUGCGAUCGAUCCAGGAAAGUUCGGUACGAUCAUCAACGAAGAUUAUAUCCUUACCGCCAGUCAUAGGGUGCAGUUUGAUGGAAGAGAUUGGAAUGAAACGCGAAUAGUAGAAUCCGAGAUCACACUCGAUCAGCUAUCGCUGCCGCUUGGUUUCGAUUAUCGACUCACAAAGGCACACCAGAAUGCUACCUUUCAGUUGCAAAAGACCGAUGGAUCAGUCGUGUUUGACACUGAAACGCGUGAUCCAGAUGAGCUCUACAUAAGAUAUCCUGGCUAUUUGGCUACACAGACAAAUGCCAGCAUAUCGAUGCAGUUUUUUCAUUUUGAUCGUGCCGAGCUCAUGCAAUUACCGGCAAAUGAGACCCUCAGCAGGAAUAGCAACGCAAUGGCCAUGAUUAGCACCUCCAACGAUGGCAAGGAGCUGUUGGUUCGUUCGAUCAAGUCGUUCAGUGUUACAAUCCAGAAUGUUAUCUGGUGUUAUGAGCUUCUGGAUUCCCGCGAGGAACAGAAGUUGGCUUAUCACUACGAAUUUGAUACUAGCACAGCAAUUCCUCACGGCAGCGACUUCUUACUAACGGACGUCAAAAUAACUCCAGUUCAUCGCAACGCUCCGUUCGGAUGGUUCCAGGAGCGAUACAAUCUAACAGAUUCCUCUCAGAGCACAAAGGCCGUGUUUGACUCCGCGGGAAAAUUAGUAAAAGUGUUAGAGCAAUCGUCGUCUACCGAAGCUCAGGAUGAAACACCGGUCGAUCAAGAUGGUACACUGCUUGCCCGUGAUGGGAGAACUAUCAUUGCUGAUGUCCGACCCUAUCGCUUAUCGGAAGAUUUGGUUUCGUACUAUGGCUUUGAGCCCUAUGAAGUAAACGUCCGCGGAUCGGAAGGUCAACGUCGCUGGACUUGGAGCAAUGGAAAUAUAUUGGAAGAAAGGGGUAAUCAUUUCCUAAGAUUACAGAAAGGAUCUUCUCUAAGUGCCACAUUUCAACCGGCGAGUCCUGUCGGUAUGUUGUCAGUGUCAUGCUGGUUACGCACAUCGAGCAACUCGGGAAAUCUUGACAACUCAUUACUGGUACACCAAAAUGGAAAAACUGUAAAAGGACAGGUACAAUUUACCGUUGAAGGAUGGAAGUACAUCGAAGCAUUUAUCGAUAGCAGCGCCCGAUUUGAUAUAAAAAUAUCAGCUUCUGCUAAUAGUAACAUGGAUGUAGAUCAUCUGAGAAUUUCUCCUAUUCACCUGAACCUUGAAGUCCAAAUUUACGAGCAUUCCACAGGCCUUAGGCGAUCAACCAUGCAUGCCUCAGGUUUAUUAUCUCACUAUCUGCACGAUCUGUAUGGUAAGGAGAUUGCUCACAUAACCCAAGAGGGAAUCUUGGACAGUUUUACAUUCCGUUCACGUGCGCACAAUACUCGCAUUGAUUUGGCGCCAUCAUACGGAGAGCAGCUGAAGGCAGUAAAGGCAAAUAGUUAUGCUGGUGUAUUCAAACAUCUAUCGGAUACAGUAGUUCUUAGAUUCCAUUAUGCUGGAUCAGAUACCGGAACCGUAACCAUUACGUUCGACACGCGAAUCUUCAUACUGACAGUUUCCCGCGAAGAGGCAGUAUUGCGCCAAGGCCAGAAUAACAUUAAAGCACUACCCACAGAAGGAGAACUGGUAUUCUUCUGUACUGGAGCUCGGUUUAGUGUUUGGGUCGAAGGUAAACUAGUUUUGGAAAGCUUUGAUACAAUCAUUCCUCUCCAACACUACCGUAUAGAGAGUUCAAAAGUACACGUUUGGGAGGCAAUCUUGCUGUACGAUGCAACUGUAAAGGUGAUUUACAGCAACGAUUUCGGUCUACCCAGCCAGCUGGUAGAGCUGAAGGGGUUAAGCUCAGUGGCUAUACAAGAGAUAUUGUACGACGAGUUGAAUCGUCCAGCCAUCAAAACCAAGUGGACAGAACUGGAUUGUAGAGAUUCACCUGUACUUUUUGCAUAUCGAGAUAAUUUUGUUCGAAAUGAAUCGCUUGUUUGGAAAAGCGGACCAUUAGCAGGAAUGGUCGCCGAACUCAAUGCGGACUGUGAGGGCUAUCCCUUUAGCAGGACGGUGUAUGCUGAGAUACCGUUGGACGAUCAAAAGAUAGUACAAUCGUUCCCGGGCAAACCAUUCGCUAUCGACGGUCCCUUUGCGAAACAUUUUGAUACUCCCUCACAGAUAGAAUUUCUGGAAAAUUUAUUCCCAAAUGAACUAGGAUACAGAUACAAGUACGAACGGUAUCCUGAUCAGUGCGUUUAUGUCACGGUACACGAUACCAUUCGUAAACUAAAGGUGGCUAAUUACGUCCGCACCCAUGACGGUGAUCAUCGACUAACAACGUACCAAUACGACUCCCAGAAUCGUUUGAUUACACAAUUGCCUCCAACAUAUCACGACGAGGCCGACACGUUCUCCAGAAUAGAGCCAUUCGAGAAUGGAAGCUUUUCCCCAGAAGAACUGCAGCUACAGCAUAGCUGGGGCACGCAGUACGAGUAUGAUCCACAGAGUGGUCUACUUGUCACGAAACAAACUCCCGAUUCGGACCGGGUUCAGUACAUAUACACACCAGAAGGACUGCUCCGAUUUGUGGUAUGGCCAAGUCAGCAGAAGGUUAUGUAUUUCACCUACUCACCCGUCGGGGAACUAUCAGAGAAGGGUAUGCUCGAGAUAAAGGUGGACAAGCUACGAGAAUACCUGGCAAAUGAUGCUGCAUUACCACCUUCAACGAACAUUGUGUCAUUUGAUCACGAUCUAACCGAUCUGGCUCCACAGCAUCGCCAUCAUGUACAGAGCUCUUGGAAGAGAACGAAUAACCAUACACUGGCCGAAAUACUAUUGUUCGAUCAGCAGGAGCAACUGAUCUCGAGUACGCUCUUCUCAAACAGUAACCACUCGCUAUCGAUUGCGUACACAUAUCGUAAAAAUCAUAUCCAUGAGCUUCACUAUCCCAUCAAGGUGCAGGGCAAAGGUUUUCGUUUGCGGUACAGCUACGACUUCCGAGGUAAGAUUGUGAGCGUUACGAAUGUUGCGAGUGGUGAGACGUAUGUAGCAAUAGAAAAUAACGCACAGGGUCUACCGAGAACACUUACAAUCCAGCCAGGAUCUUCGUAUAGCUAUCGACGUCACUUCAUCUACAAUGAACCGGGUUAUCUUACAAAGAUCGAGGAUCCUUAUCUGACCGAAACCAUCGAUUAUACAGGACCGGUAGGUGAUGGAACGGUUCAGAUGACCCACUUUAAUGCUACCUGGCAUAGCCAUAGCAAUGCACAGUUGCUGCAGCUGAAAGCCGCCCAUUUUGGACCACGUCGUUCGAAGCUAUGUUAUGAGGCGUUGAAAACAUCUGGAUAUGUGGAUUCACGAGGAUUCAUACGGAACGAUCAGUUCUACAGUGUUUCACUGGACCACGAGGGUUCUAUUAGGCUGGUAAUCCGCAACGGAGAGGUGGUGGCUGCGUACGACUAUCUACCUUACGGUGAACUGCUACGCUCGUAUGGUGAGGAUCCCGAUGGGCAGCUCGAUUACCGUUUCACGGGACGCUUUUAUCAGAUGGAUCCCAAGGAGCAGUACGCUAGUCCGUACGUGUACGCCGGAAACUCACCGGUGUCACUAGUUGAUCCCGAUGGACAGUUUGCGUUCCUUGCAAUCGUUUUUGCCGCCGCCGGAGCGUAUCUGGGUGCUGCAUCUGCCAACAACUCGUGGGAUCCUAGGAAAUGGUCUGAAGAAAAGGCUUAUCUUGGAGGUUUUAUUAGUGGCCUGAUAGGUGGUUCUGCACUGGCUGGCUUCCCCGGAUCCUUCGCAAUGUUAUCUGGUAAAUUUGGUUCAAUUGCUGCUACUGGCAUUUUAGUUACAUCGACCGUUGGCUUUGCAUACUUGAGUACAGUCGCAGCCAAUGGGAACUGGGACCCCAGCAAAUGGGACUGGUCGAAGCCCGGUACCUGGGAUGCUCUCUUCACCGGUGCCAUCAGCGGUGGUGGAAUCUUCCAUUCCAUAGGCAACGUGGGCAAAUUCAACAAUUCACUCAGCGGUAUGCAUCGCACCGGAUUCGUGUUAGUAACGAGCGUUAGCACUUCACUGUACUCUGGUAGCAGAGCAAACAAUGGUAGUUUACGGUUCUGGGAAUGGGACUGGAGUAAACCGACGACCGUGUGGAGCGCUGUAAAGGGAGCCAAUUUUGGACUGCAGAUAUCACCGGUACUGUCAAACCAAGUUCCAGCCGUUGUGGAACAUUUCGAUAACAUGACGAAAUCGUUCAAUACACUGAAAAGAACGACCUAG